UCCCAUCGUUCUUUGGCAAUCCCAUUUUUGUUCAGCCAUUGUCUUUGCUUUAAGCUUCGAUUCUAUCUGCUCUCACGUCCUGUGGUGUCCAUCGCCUCUCCCUGACCCUUUCCAUCGCCUCUUACCAUCCCCCCGCUGUUCCGUCCCCGCAGCGAUGUCGGCCUCAGGAUCCGGCAAUGAUGCCGCGGUGAAGAAGGCCUUUCCUCGUGUCGACCUCGAAGGACACGAUCUUCCUCCAUCCCCCGCUCCCUCUAGCCCUCAUGCUGGUAGACGCUACAACAUUGCCACUGAGCUAGUCUAUACGGAAGGAAAUGAUCAGUACAAUGCCAGCAGCGUUCCGAUCUAUCAGAGCGCUACGUUCAAACAGACUUCCGGUGGCGGAGGCGGCGAAUAUGACUACACUCGCUCUGGAAACCCUACCCGGACGCACCUUGAGCGACACCUCGCCAAGAUCAUGUCAGCCCAGCGGGCUCUAGUGGUGUCCUCCGGUAUGGCUGCUUUGGACGUGAUUUCCCGCCUUCUUCGUCCUGGUGAUGAAGUGGUGACUGGCGACGACCUCUACGGUGGCACGAAUCGCCUCCUGAAGUAUUUGUCCACGAACGGCGGCAUCAUCGUUCAUCAUGUCGAUACUACAGUUCCCGAGAAAGUGCGCGAGAUUCUCACCUCAAAGACAGCCAUGGUCUUGCUCGAGACGCCGACCAACCCACUCAUCAAGAUCGUGGAUAUUCCCCAGAUUGCCGCGGCUGCCCACGAAGCGAACCCCAAUUGCGUUGUGUCUGUCGACAACACCAUGAUGUCUCCUCUUCUGCUCAACCCUCUCGAGCUCGGUGCUGAUGUUGUGUACGAGAGUGGUACCAAGUACCUUUCCGGUCAUCACGAUCUCAUGGCGGGUGUGAUUGCAGUUAACGACAUGGCUCUCGGCGAGCGGUUGUACUUCACAAUCAACGCUUCCGGCUGCGGUCUGUCGCCCUUCGACUCAUGGCUGUUGCUGCGUGGUGUGAAGACCCUCAAGGUUCGGAUGGACCAACAGCAGACCAACGCACAGCGCAUUGCCGAGUUUCUUGAAAACCACGGCUUCAAGGUGCGGUACCCUGGUCUGCGGUCGCACCCACAAUAUGAGCUCCACCACUCCAUGGCCCGGGGCUCGGGAGCCGUGCUUUCGUUCGAGACAGGGGAUGUGGGAGUGAGCGAGCGCAUUGUCGAGAGCGCCAAGCUGUGGGCUAUCAGUGUGAGCUUUGGUUGUGUCAACAGCUUGAUCAGUAUGCCGUGCCGGAUGAGCCAUGCCAGCAUUGACGAGAAGACGAGACGGGAGCGUGCGAUGCCCGAGGAUCUUAUUAGGCUGUGUGUGGGUAUUGAAGAUGCGGAUGAUCUCAUUGAUGACUUGCAGCGGGCGCUGGUACAAGCUGGGUCUGUCAAUGUCACGCUGGACGAUUUCCAGGCGAACUCGGCCAACUAAGCUACGUAUGGUAUUUAUAUCUAUACUCUCUCUGUAAUUGAGGCAUUGAGUGAAUGCUGAGGUCAUGAUUAAAAGAGACGAUUAUCAUUUGGCGUUUGGGAGCAUUUAUCUAUCAUGUGUGUAAAAAUCGGGAAUGAAACGUUAGAAUCCAACAAUUAGCCGACGCGCGAGUUGGUAUUAUUUGGUAGAAG